GAAAUUUUUUAAUAAAAUUGUUGAAAGAUUAGGUAAGAUGCUGAGAUCUAGGAAAUGAAUAAUUGAUUAGGAAAAAGACAAAACACUGAAGGUGAUUCGCCGGUGAAGCAAUGAUGGAGAAAGAGCAGUAAAAAAAUAAAGAAGAAAAAAAACCGCAACAACUGGCCAACUGCGUAUGAUUCUGAAACAUCUGCUGGUAUUAGCAAAAGAAAAUUAUUAUCUCAUUCUUAUCUCAAGCUCUACUUCUUCCCCUCCACACUUCGCCAAAUCUCUCUUCUCAAAGCGCUCCCCUUUGCUUCAUCUGUUUGUUGCUAGGAAAUUCUCUGAAAAAAGAGAAAAAAACCCAGCAAAGCAAACGAAAAACCUCGACCAUGGGUCCAAUAAAGAUUGCAAUCGGGGACAUGGUGAUUACUUUCAUGUGGGUUUUUUGUGCUUCAACGUUUGGUUUAUUAUCUUCGUUGAUAGCCACCGCCUUUGGUGUCCAAACCGUAGCAUGGGCUCCUAUUGUUAUCAUCACUGUCAUCGUUUUCGUUUUCUUUUUCAUCUUUAGUAUUAUUUGUGAAUUUCUUGGCGGUGCUAGCUUUAAUCCUACCGGAACUGCCGCCUUCUACGCUGCCGGGGUCGGUGACGAUACCCUCAUAUCCAUGGCCCUCCGCUUCCCUGCUCAGGCGGCUGGUGCUGUGGGAGGUGCACUGGCGAUCAUGGAGGUAAUGCCGGCACAGUACAAGCACAUGAUAGGGGGACCAUCUUUGAAAGUGGAUACACACACUGGAGCUAUUGCUGAGGGGGUAUUGACUUUUGUAAUUACCUUUGCUGUUCUCUUAAUCAUUCUUAGAGGUCCGCAAAAUGCAAUAUUCAAGACAUGGUUGGUCGCCAUUGCUACUGUAGCAUUAGUCAUGUCUGGCACUGCUUAUACUGGACCUUCCAUGAAUCCUGCCAAUGCCUUUGGUUGGGCAUAUGUAAACAACUGGCACACCACAUGGGAUCAUUUUUAUGUUUAUUGGAUCUGUCCGUUCAUUGGAGCUAUAUUGGCAGCUUGGGUCUUCCGCCUGUUCUUCCCCCCACCAACGGUGAAGGUGAAGAAAGCCUAAGGUGGCUCGAUAAGGUUCCGGUGGCCAUCAACAACAAUAGAUAAGCUGAAUGUGCAUGUAAUAAGCACUUCUUUUUUCAAUUUUACUAGUCGACUAUCCAUUUCUCUUUAUCAUUUGUGGAUAAUAUGAAUGAAGCAUUCUGGCUGUGUAAUGCCCUUUAAUG